ACAGAAAAACCAAGAGCGACUCAAAUUAAACUGAUGAACUUUUUCCUCCCCGUUCAGUAAUCUGACACCGCUACUAAACCCGAAAGGCUGAGAGGAGUAGGAUGGACUCGCGACUUCGUUCGCAGAAUUUGUCCAGACGUGGAUAGGACAGGGAACGGGAAACGGCGUAAACACGUAUCGUGGGACAGAUGCGUGCGUUUUCGACUUAGCUAGUAGUUAGCCUACUUUCAAAUGAUAUCAAAGCAAAAAGUUUUACUUUUCAGAGGCGGAUGGAUGACUACCAUUCUCGGCGACUUUAUGUGAGGAGGAGAUGAUGAAGAAUUACAGCAACAGUCCCCACCACAAAAAUCAGACCUUAAAUCACACUAGAGAUCGGAACAACAAGAGGAGCAACUGGCUUUCUGCGACUUUGUUACGAUUUUCACUGCGUGAUUAUGGUUUCUGCAUGGCUACCUUAUUCCUGUUCUGUUUUGGUUCACUGUUCUAUCAGUUGAACGGAGGACCCCCGAAAAUUCUUCUGGAAAUCCGACAAUAUCUUGGCGUGUUUGGGAAAAGUCACUGGCCAAUGAGAAUGGCUUCGAGGCACAGUGUCCACAGGGACAGGCCCGGCAAGGGGUCGCCUCUGACCUUCCGGAAGGAGAAGAAAGGAGAGUCGACGUUCGUGGAUGACCACGGGCCCCCGGCUCCCAGGGUCCUGCCCUUCCCGAGCCAGGUGGUGUAUAACCGGGUGGGGAAGUGCGGCAGCCGGACGGUGGUCCUGCUCCUGCGCAUCCUGGCCGAGCGCCACCAGUUCAACCUGGUCUCCUCCGACAUCCACAACAAGACCCGGCUGACCAAGCAUGAGCAGGUGGACCUGAUGCGAAACAUUAGUAACAUUCCCCAACCGUAUCUUUAUACCCGCCACGUGCACUUUUUGAACUUUACCAGGUUUAGGAUAGAACAGCCAGUGUACAUAAACAUCAUACGAGACCCAAUAAACCGGUUUCUGUCCAACUACUUCUUCCGGCGAUUCGGGGACUGGAGAGGCGAGCAGAACCACCUGAUCCGAACUCCCGGGAUGAAGGACGACGAGAGAUAUCUAGACAUCAAUGUGUGCAUCCUUGAGAAUUACCCAGAAUGCUCCAAUCCUCGCCUCUUCUACAUCAUCCCCUAUUUCUGCGGGCAACACCCCCAGUGCAGGGAGCCUGGCCUGUGGGCGCUCGAGCGGGCCAAGCAGAACGUUCUGGAGAACUUCCUCCUGGUGGGGGUCCUGGAGGAGCUGGAGGACGUCCUCCUCCUGCUGGAGCGCCUGUUACCUCACUUCUUCACCGACGUCCUCAGCAUCUACAAGAGCCCAGAUUACAGGAAGAUGGGGAACAUGACGGGGACGGUGCGCAAGCAGACCCCCUCUCUGGAGGCGCUGCAGACCCUCUACCAGCGCAUGCGGUACGAGUACGACUUCUACAACUUCGUCCGGGAGCAGUUCCACCUCACCAAGAGGAAGAUCGGCCUGAAGUCGGCCUCCCGGCCCACCCACCAGCCCAACUUCCUGCUCAACCUGGCCCUGAAGACCCAGGAGCCCCUGGAGGAGGACGAGGAGGAGGAGCAGGAGCCCGAGGACGACGUGGAGGACGCCAACAGCUGGUUGGCGCAGCCCUGAUGGUCUCCGUGGAGACGGGCGAGCUCGUGGGCGGGGCUUAACGGGGAAAGGGGGAGGGGCUCCGCUCCAGGUUUCAGCAUUCCCACCAGUCGCUUGGGGGUGUGUGGAUGACGAUGACAUCCGUGUUUUUACGGGUGGCCGUGCCUACCCAGCGAGGACACAAGCGUGUGCUUAUCAUGUGCCAAGAGCUCAGAGCAUUCAGAAAUUUUUUAUUUUUUUUGUUUUUAAAAGUUUUUGUUUUUUUUCUUUGCUCAGUCCGGGAGACUGGCGUGUCCGAACCCUUCUGGCCCCGGGUGGCCCCGGAAGCCGCCGUCGUCCGUAGAAACCCGUCUGUCGAUGGACGUAAAGCGCCGUAAGGGCCAGCCGGGAGAGCACUUGAAAAGUCGCCACAGGAAUGGCGGUCUGGGGGUCGCUGUC